AUGGUGAAUGGGGUAUCGGGACAGCCGACUUCGCACAGCAUGGAUGGCGAAACGGUGGCCCCCGAACCUACAAGAGGCAGUCAGCCUCAAGCAUCUUCUCGGGGUGUAUCUUCGAGAGUGGAGCCUGAGCUUGCUUCCGGUGUUGGUCAAAGAUUGACGGAGAAUGAAGCCUAUGAGUCUGUGGAGCAGAUUGUGAGGACCAGGGUGAUGGUCUCAGAUUCUCAAGAGCGGAGACAAGGGGUUCGUGGCAGGACCUCUGGGUUCUUUACAGGGAUGAUGAAGGCUGUGCAGGCUAUACUCACUGCGGUGGAGGGGAUUGUCAAUGGCGGCAACCCUGCAGUGGCGGAAGCUUCACCAGCUGCUCAUGACGUGGUUGAGUAUGCCUCAGUUAGAUCUUCAGCGAGCUUGGAGGGUCGCCGUGACCCUCCGCCUGAGACUCAGGUACCGGCUACGCCGUUGUUCGACGAGCAGGUGUUGACCAGACUGAAUCAGAUGUCGGUUGCGGCGCAACACUUGUAUCCUACAGAUACAGGACGACCAGGGCACGAACUUGCCCGACCUUCGUCUGUUACGUCGAGUGACAUUCAGGCUGAGGUGAGACGUCAACUGAGUGAAAUGAUGGCAGUUCAUGAAGACGAGAGCCGGAGGCUCCGUGCACAGGUGAACCAGUUAGUCAAUGGAAUGUGCACCACGGCAUGGACCAAGGUCCAACUGCGUGUGCUGGAGAGCCAACGGCAUCAGGAGGUCCAGGUGGGACUGAUGACGGAAAUUGCGAGUUCACCCAAGCAAACUGAGAAGCCGGAAGUUAUCAAGCCUGGGGAGCUAUGGGAAUGCACUUUGAAGGAAGCUAACACCUGGUAUGCCGCGUACUUGAAGUUAGUAGAUGUGAAUCCUGAUGAUGAGAAGUCCCACCGAAGCCUGGGAAGCCUCCGAAGGGCCCGCCGCCUGCGAAAUCAAAGGGAGCUGAUUGCACUUACACCCAUGACUGGAGCGCAAUCCCGAUCGCUGACCGACCUCAGCGGUGCAGGACCUGUGGAGCGAAGGGGUGCUCAAGUGCCUACGCCUCCGCCAGUGCCUACGACCAAUAGCAACAUGAGCAACCAGCAGAUAAAGUCUAUGCUGGCGGUGCCUGUGACCCUGGCGGGUGAUUCGAAAGACGAAUGGCUGAGAACACCAGGGGGCACCCUUGUCGUGCCACCUGUGUCUGGUGAGGCGUUGGCACAACCUCGGGCCUUCCGCGAGUUGACCCUGCUAGUGCAAGGGAUGUUCCUUUGGUCGGUUGCCUCUAUUGCAAAGGGAGCACCAUCUAGGUCAGAUCCCACAGCCACCUCAGACCUCUACGGUUUAGACCCAUCACCCCCAGUGCGAAAUGAGUUGAGUGAGUACGAGCCUUCGAUUCCAGGCCGGGAACCCCAUGAGGAGUUUCCUGAUUUGUGGGAUCUAGAUGAGGACUGGAGGGACAACGAGGAAGACUUGCAGGAGCAGUUGUUGUCCUCUUCAGUUUACGCCGUGAAUGGAAGUGAGCCUGUGGAUCUGGAUGGAGGUCCGCAUGACUCCAACCAGCGGUCCGACCAAGAAGGGGUGGUUCCGUUUCUUGAAGGUUGGGAUGAACCGGUCCCGGAGGAUAAGGUUGAGUUUGAACGGUUGGUUGAAGAGCUAUCGCAGCCUACCGAGCAAGUCGUGCUUCGGUACUUCGGAGAGCUGAGAUCCAAAUCGGGUGCGGAUGUAGCCGAGGCAAUCCAGAAAAUGGUGCUAGAGAUCAAUAAGCUCUACCCAGUUAGGAUUGUGCAUUGCGACUUGGGUACUGAAUUCUUGUCGACUAAGUUGUCGCAGUGGUUGACUAGCAAGGUCAAGAACACUGAUUGGCUCUGCGGGAGUCAGUGUUCAUUACUGGACGUUCUUCAUCGUCUGAAGAAGCCACGUGGAGGUCUCAACGACUUGAUGUUCGUGGAGGUGAGUGAUUCGCCGGUUGAGGUCCAAGCAUAUGAGGCACUCCGAUCCCAGGAGUUCACCGAUGCUAUGUUCAGAAAGUUGACUUCCUGGUUCUUGAACCAGUAUCUAAGGUCUGCACUCCAUGAAAGGGGCACCUGUGAAGACCUCAAUUGGACUUCCCUGAUGGCGUUGGGUUUUCCUGCACAGGCUUCCCCGGAGGUCUCAAUUGAAGUUAAGGCUGUCUCGCCACAUGAGAGAGAUGAUGAGUCGGAACAUCAGGAGGAGACUUCCCAGGCAAUAGGUGUGGACAUUAUGUCUGACCUUCAGGAAGAUACUGCUGCUCAGAUAGUUGGCUGGGAUCCAGUGGGUAGUAACACUACCAAUGCUCAGCAGAUGAACCUGGAGGAGCGCGACUUGUAUGAGUUUCUGGAUGAAAGGGAAGUUAGUCGUGCUACUACCAGGAUGUUGGAGUAUAUGGGCGUUGAGUCACCGGCAGAUUUGGCGUUCUUGUACUUUGAAGACCUGAUUGAGUUUGGAGCCCACCAGUGCAAGGCCUCGGUAUUAACCAUCCGGGAGCUGAGAAGGGAUGAGCAGGAUAACAAUGGUGCCACUGAGAUCAACACUCCAGUUCUCCCUGCGGAAUCGUCCCAGUCUCAGGAUCAAGCGGAAAUGAUCCGCCUGCAGAAUAUCUGGGAGUGUGAUUCCGAGGAUGAGUGGAACCUUGAGGUGCAGGAAGCCAUGAUGUCGAUGUCUUCGGGUGCCCAGGGUCUCAGAGAUGUGCAAGGCUAUCAGGAGUCAUCCAUCUCAGUCCGUAAAGUAGAUGAGAAUAUGUACACCAAGGAUGUUGAAGGUAUCUUGAAUUCACUGACCUCGCAGCUGCGUGUGGUGCACAAUGUGUCGCCAAGUGAAGUUCGCAUGCAUCUUGACAGGUGGUGUAAGGCGGCGCAAACGGAGGUUACAGCUCUUGAGGCUAUGAAGGCAAUCCGGAGGUUGAAAGGUCAAGAAGCAAGGGAUGAGUUGAACUUACCUGACACUCAGGUGUUGCCCGCUAAGACCGUUUUCACAGUGAAGCCGGGCUCAGAUGAGAGCUGGUACCGUAGGAAAUGUAGGGUGGUAGGAUGCGGAAAUUAUGAAGUGAAGGAGCCAGGUUUGGAUGUGUAUGCAGGGGGCAUCCCGGCAGACGUACUUCGAACGUGCUUAAUAGAGUCUGGUUCUAAGUCGUAUAGAGCAUUUAUCACAGAUGUGCGCAAUGCCUUCUUGCUUGCUCCCAUACCGACUCACGAGAAAGUACGCAUUCUCCUUAAGCCGCCCCGUGUUUUAUGUGACAUGGGAAUCACUUCGCCUGAUGAGUACUGGGCAGUGGAUAAGGCAAUGUACGGACUUAGACAAAGUCCGCGAUGGUGGGGCAACUUCAGAGACGACGUCCUUCGUUCAGCCACUUGGAAUUGCGACAACGAGGAGCUGCAUCUGGAGCAGUGUGCUGUUGAGCCUAAUCUCUGGACAUUGGUGAAUGCUGACGGUUCUGUGUGUGGCUAUGCAAUUGUAUACGUGGAUGACAUACUCAUUCUGUCUAGCAAGUCCCAUGCGGACGCACUCCAUGCAUUCAUUACUUCCCAAUGGGAGUGCACUCCUUUGCAGGAAGCCACCGAGGAUAAACCAGUGACUUUCCUUGGCGUUGAUAUACAUUUGGCAAGAGAUUCUGCCGGAACUGUUGGAUUUGAGUUGAGCCAAACGGGUUACAUUGAUGAGCUCUUACGUGCUUAUUGCUUGAAUCCGUCGAAGAAGACUUGUCCUCUACCAAGGGAAUGGGUGCGGGAACUUCCAGAGGCGGAGCAAUACAGUCCAGAAGCGUUGAGAAAGGCUCAACGUAUCACCGGAGAACUUCUGUGGAUCACACAAAGGACCCGUGUUGAUCUGGCGUUUGCAGUGAGCCUUAUGAGUUCAUGGUGCACGAGAUCCCCUUCGAUGGUUGAGAAGAUUGGUAUGCGGUUGCUUGAGUAUAUUGGAUGUACCAAGGAGUAUAGGCUGUCACUGAUCCCUGACAUGUCUUGGGAUCACCGUGUGGUGGUUUACACUGAUGCAUCCUUUGCACCCUAUGGAGGUUUGUCAAUAACUGGGGUGUUAAUUAUGUACCUUGGAAAGGUGGUUCUCUGGAAGGGCAAGAGACAGAGCAUGAUCACCCUAAGCACUGCCGAAGCUGAGCUGCACUCGGCAGUGGAAGGAGACAUCCAGCUGGCGGAUGGACUGACGAAAAUUCUUCCAGGAGCAACCAGGUCGCAUGACCUUGAAACAAAUCGGGCAGCGAUCUGCCUAGUUAUGUUGACCUUGAUGAUGCAAAUGGGUGAGGCUGAUUCAGUUGAGAUUGAGGACGGGGAGUUGGAGCCGAUCGGGCCCGAGCUUUCUGUGUUGGCUAUCCUGUUGGCGUUGUCGGAGGCAGUUAGAAGGGCCAUUGAAAGGGAGGUAGAAGAUUAUGGGGUUCGUAGAAGGGCCACCGGCAUAUCUUCGCAAGGAGAUGAUGGCAGCUUUCCAUGCGUACAUGUUCAGGUUGAUGCACGUUCAGGUGUCCCUGUUCAGCAACCAAUGAAUAGCUUGCCAGAGUCAACUCCAGCGGGCUAUCUGGAUUUUCAGCCUUACCAGCCACUCCUGUUCAUCACCAUUCCUCUAUUCGGCCUCCUGCUGCACCUACAGCAGGAACUACAAUCCCUUCCUCCAGUGGAUUUUCCAAUAGGCGGGCCCAGAUCCCUGAUCCUACGGUUCUUGACGAUGGACUUGGACUUACACGGUCAGGAAGGGAAGGGUUGGAUUCACUGGGAAGAUGUGAAGUCGGUAUACAGACCGAUCCCUUAG